CACCAAGUUUCAGAGAAAACGUUAGACGAAGAAUAGCUAGAAAGUCUACUGAUUUCCAUAAAAUGAAGUUGUAAAAUACUCAUAACUUGUUUGACGAUAUGCGGAAAGCUGGAGUUCAACUUGGAGCUUGUACUUUGGAGCCCCAGUCAGAUAUCGGAAAGGUAUAAAUAAACAGAUCGUACAGGAUCAGACAUUCUCACGUCCGGCUGACUCCGUCACUAUGUGGAUACUCGUCGCCUCUCUGAUAUUAGGCCUUCAGACUGUGUCUGGCCAGAGCACUAUAAGAUGGUGCGCAAUAUCCGCUCAAGAGAUGACCAAAUGUAACGCCAUGGCGCAGGCCUUCAGCAGUGCGGCCAUCCGUCCGAUUAUCCAAUGCGUCAGCGACGUGUCUGUGGAAGGAUGCGCGCAGAAGAUCGGGAAAAACCAAGUAGAUGCCUUUUCAAUGAGCGCUAAGGAUAUCUACAAAUUGGGGGAAGAAACUAACUUCAAAAUAGCUGCAGGAGAGACUUCUGCUGAUGGAGAGGGCACCACCUACUAUGCAGUUGCCGUGGUGAAGAAGAUGAAGCCGGACAUCAACAUCAACACACUGAAGGGCAGGAAGACAUGUCACACAGGGAAGGGACGUACUGCCGGCUGGAACAUGCCCCUGGGAUACCUCAUCGACCAGAGCAAGAUGUCUGUCAUGGGCUGUAACAUCCCACAGGGCGUGGCAGAUUUCUUUAAUGCCAGCUGUAUCCCUGGGUCACAGGGAGACCCUCCCUCCCUUUGCCAGCUGUGUAAAGGCAACAUCGAUGGACAGUUCGUUUGUGACAACACUGACAAGGAGAGAUACUACGCUUACAACGGGGCCUUCAGGUGUUUGGCUGAAGAUGCAGGAGAGGUGGCAUUUGUAAAGCACACCACAGUUAUGGAGAACACAGACGGAAACGGUGACCCUGCUUGGACCGCUGGGCUGAGUUCUUCAGACUACGAGCUGUUGUGUAGAGACGGAACCAGGGCCCCUGUGAGAGAACACCGCCGGUGCCACCUGGUCAGGGUGCCAGCCAGGGGCAUCGUGGUUAAAUCUGACAUCAGCGGCACUGUGGUCUAUAACAUGUUGACAGAAGGACUGACAAAGUCAGGUUUCCCCAUCUUUCAGUCGGGCGAGUUAGGCAGCAAUUUGCUGUUCAGUGAUUCGUCCACAAAGUUCCUGCGGCCGGAGUAUGAUGAUCCUAAGGCGUGGAUGGGCUCCAUCUACUACAACACUCUCAAAGCCAUGGACUGCAUCCCAGCAGAGCUGCCCCAGUCCCUGCGUUGGUGUGUGUUGUCCAGCGAUGAGCAGCAGAAGUGUACAGACAUGGCCGAGGCCUUCAGUGCCAAGUCUCUGGUCCCCAAUAUCCAGUGUGUGAUGGGAUCUUCAGUGGACGACUGCAUGAAGAAGAUCCAGAAUAAAGAGGCAGAUGCCAUCACCCUGGAUGGAGGUUACAUCUACACAGCAGGGAAAAGCUACGGCCUGGUGCCUGCUGCUGGGGAGAGCUACACAGGGGACAGUGAUGGCAGUGUCUACUAUGCUGUGGCAGUGGUGAAGAAGUCCAACAGUGACAUCACCACGCUGGAGAACCUGAGGGGGAAGAGCUCCUGUCACACUGGCUACGGCCGUACAGCUGGCUGGAACAUCCCCAUGGGUCUGCUCAUAGAGAAAGGUCUCAUCAGACCAGCUCAUUGUCAGAUACCACAAGCCGCUGGAGGUUUCUUUAAGAACAGCUGUGUCCCUGGUGCCAAUCAGCCUGGAUUCCCUGGCAACCUGUGUGACCUGUGUGUGGGGGACAACAAAGGGCAGAACAAGUGUGAGAAAGGCAAGGACCUGUAUGACGGAUACAAUGGAGCGUUCAGGUGUUUGGCCACGGGAACUGGAGAGGUGGCCUUUAUCAAGCACACCACUGUCUUCCAAAACACUGAUGGUAAUUCAGGUGAGUCGUGGGCCAUUGACCUGCAGUCUAAGGACUUCCAGCUGCUGUGUCCCCACGGCUCCAGGGCAGAGGUCACCCAGUACGCCCACUGUAACCUGGCCCGCGUCCCCUCCCACGCCGUUAUGGUACGGCCCGACACCAACAUCUAUGCCCUCUAUGGCCUGCUGGACAAAGCACAGGAGUACUAUAGUAGUGACACGGGUUCAGAGUUCAAGAUGUUUGACUCGUCUAAGUACCAGGGCUCUGACCUCAUCUUCAAAGACUCCACUGUCAGCAUGAUCGGCGUGGCCGAGAGGAAGACCUAUGACAAGUGGCUGGGACAGGGCUACAUGGACUCACUUACCAACAUGGAGUGCAACUCCUCUGCUAAAGCACUGUCUUCCCUGCUCCUGGUGGCUCUGAUGAGCUCCAUCUUCCUCUGGGUGUAAGAAGCCAUGUCCUAACCCAACCCAGCCCCAACCCAGUCCCCCUGUCCAAGUUCCAACCCCAACCCAGUCCCCCUGUCCAAGUUCCAACCCCAACCCAGUCCCCCUGUCCAAGUUCCAACCCCAACCCAGUCCCCCUGUCCAAGUUCCAGCCCCAACCCAGUCCCCCUGUCCAAGUUCCAACCCCAACCCAGUCCCCCUGUCCAAGUUCCAACCCCAACCCAGUCCCCCUGUCCAAGUUCUAGCCCCAACCCAGUCCCCCUGUCCAUGUUCCAGCCCCAACCCAUCCCCCCUGUCAAAGUUCUAGCCCCAACUCAGCCCCCUGUCCAAGUUCUAGCCCCAAACCAGCCCCUGUCCAUGUUCCAGCCCCAAACCAGCCCCUGUCCAAGUUCCAGCCCCAACCCAGUCCCCCUGUCCAAGUUCCAGCCCCAACUCAGCCCCCUUCCAAGUUCUAGCCCCAACCCAGCCCCUGUCCAAGUUCCAGCCCCAAACCAGCCCCUGUCCAUGUUCCAGCCCCAACCCAGUCCCCCUUCCAAGUUCCAGCCCCAACUCAGUCCCCUGUCCAAGUUCCAGCCCCAACCCAGUCCCCCUGUCCAAGGUCCAGCCCCAACCCAUCCCCCCUGUCCAAGUUCCAGCCCCAACUCAGCCCCCUGUCCAAGUUCCAGCCCUAACCCCUAUCCCAGCCUGAACCCCUGUCCAAAUCCCUAGUCACAUUCCCAGAAGCAACACAAAACCUCUGUUUUUGUCCAGCCCCAUUCCUUCACCAACCCCAGUAGCCUACUCCCUCUGUAGGGAAUCUCUCCUCUUCUGCCAAAGCACCAGCAAUAACACUACACAUUACCACCCAGCACAUUACUACCCAGCACAUUACCACCCAGUACAUUACUACCCAGCACAUUACCACCCAGCACAUUACUACCCAGUACAUUACCACCCAGCGAACCACAGCAGCAUUUCCUGUCAUGUUGGAAUCUUUAGAAGAUAAUGUCUGCAUCCCUUCCUGUAUCUGAUUCAUAGCUUAUGAUUGUACUUUAGAUUCAUAGCUUGUAAUUGUACUUUAUUCUACUGUAUAUGUUGAUGCUAGGAUUUGUGAGGAAGGAUAGAUAACAUGUUGAAAAUACUAUUUGACUUGGGUCUAAAUUAUGGUCACUGUUGUUGAGUCAAGGUGCUUCUUGAGUCGGUGAGUCAAGGAGCUUCUUGAGUCAGUGAGUCAAAGUGCUUCUUGAGUCAGUAAGUCAAGGUGCUUCUUGAGUCAGUGAGUCAAAGUGCUUAUUGAGUCAGUGAGUCAAGGUGCUUAUUGAGUCAGUGAGUCAAGGUGCUUAUUGAGUCAGUGAGUCAAGGUGCUUCUUGAGUCAGUGAGUCAAGGUGCUUCUUGAGUCAGUGAGUCAAGGUGCUUCUUGAGUAAGUGAGUCAAGCUGCUUCUUGAGUCGGUGAGUCAAGGUGCUUCUUGAGUCAGUGAGUCAAGGUGCUUCUUGAGUCAGUGAGUCAAGGUGCUUCUUGAGUCAGUGAGUCAAGCUGCUUCUUGAGUCAGUGAGUCAAGCUGCUUCUUGAGUCGGUGAGUCAAGGUGCUUCUUGAGUCAGUGAGUCAAGCUGCUUCUUGAGUCAGUGAGUCAAGGUGCUUCUUGAGUCAGUGAGUCAAAGUGCUUAUUGAGCUUGUCUCUCAGUGGGGAAAAUAUCCUGUUUUCUUUGGAUGAGCUACAGAGAAUGAAGUCCUUCCCAACCAGAGAUGACGAAGGAUUGCUAUUAUGCUUACUGACGGUAACUGCCAUAUCAGUGUAUAUGUUUUUACCCGUUACAUACUUUACUAUGCAGUGUUCGUCUCUCCGCAAGGUGUGUAUUGCUUACACCGACUAUUGUGAGUACUACUUAUGGGCACAAGCCAUAUCUGGGAAUAUGGCGCGUUUUGCACAUUCUGCCUUUACUGUAUAAGCUGAUGCCAUAUCAGUGAAUAUGCACUGCUUGAACUACAGGAUGUGUGUUGUGAAAUGUUUUGAAAAGAGUCAAAUAGUGGGUGUUUUAUUCAUAUGUUCUCCCCAAAUCCUGGAUUGACAAACAUUUAAGCCAAGACAACUUGCUCACUAUCUGUAUUUAGGGUCUCGAUUCAAUCCGUAUCGCGUUACAGCGUGAAUAGAGGCCUAGAAGUUUCCAUUUGCUUGGCUGGUAAUCAAAUUCUACCAUAAGAAAUGAUGUGAAUUAUAGCCUACUGAUAAAUGUUAUGGAUUGGAACCUGCUUGCACCUGAUAUGCACUUGUUUUGGAGAGAACAUUGAACAAGCCAUCCUUGUUUUUUUGCUUUUGAAACUUAGGUGUACUUUGAUUUUAAAGUAAUGUGGAAUUUUGAAAAUUACAGAGUCAGGUUUAAAUUCUUAUAUUACAUUUCAAUGUUGUACACAUGAGCUAAAUUCAUCAUCUAUAACAAUAGUGAUUAUAAGGAAUGGAACUCAACCCAACCCUGAUUCCUGCUUUGUGACGGCGCAGUGUUCGAUUUAUUUUUGCUGCUCUCAUGCAAUUUUGUGUUCCUGUCCAGUAUAUCAGCUUGAUUUGUAUUUCAAUGAAUUUAUAUGAUGCUCAGCUACCAUAUCAGUGUAUAUGUACAGAGUACUGACUCAUUUCUGUCAGAAACAAACGCUUGCCUUCAAAGUUAUAGCAAUUUCUUCGAUGAAAUGAUAAACAUGUAACUAAUAUUUAGUUGCCAGGCCAGUGCGUCUGCAUAAGUAUUGCUACAAAACUGCUUCUUUAAGAAUUCUCUGCUGUUCUUAUUAAAAAUCUGCAUAUGGAA